AUGGAAGAAGAAUAAUAAAUCUUGAAAUAUGGAGACAAUAUUAUUCUGAGAUGCAUGGUAGACAACAAAAUCUAUUAUCUACUUGCUCGAAACGAACAGUACCUUAUGGAGACUAGGUUGUAAUUAGGUAACUCUUGCACCUUUAAUAUGUAUAAUUUCCCUCAACAUAUGGUGUUUACUGUGUUUCCCAAGCUUUUAUACGAAGCCCAAAAGAAAUACAAUUCCGACUAGUAGUUUGGAGCCUCUCUGGACUUUUAGAAGCAACUCCUUUAUACGAGAAUGGAGACUGAAAAAAAAUAUAAUCAAAAUCUUUUGAAGUAAACUAAGGGACAAAAAAUCAUGUAUGGAGAUACGAUAAUGCUCUAUCAACCAUUGAGUUAAGUAUUUUUGUUAAGAGCAGAAAAUAAUAAUUCAAAUUCAAAUAUAGGAACCAUUUUGAGUUCCUCAAUGUAUUUUACAGUCCAACCUGAUCCCUUGGCAUUGGACAUCAAAUAAGGAUGUCCAGUCCAUUCCUUUGAUCAGUUUCUGCUUGUUUAAAGUGACACCAUCUUAAAAUUUGACACUCUCCAAGAAAUUUAUCGAUUGCCUGAGGUUGUUAAAUCUCACAACCUUGAUCACAACAAUCAGUUUCUAACUAUCCCAGCAAUGAUUGAAAAUCAAUACCAAUUUAAAUUCUACAAAGCCCAAUACAGACAAUUCGCAACAGAUUCGAAAGAAUCCAUAAGCCAUAACACACUACAAGCAAUAGUAUUAAAAUAAGACAAAGAUAAACUCCAUUUGUUCUAUGGUUAGUAUGUAAGAAUAGUCCAUAUGUAAUAAAAAAUAAAGAAGGAACGAUAGGAAUCAAGAGUUAGAUCAAUUAAAAUAGAGGAUGCCCAAGAAAAUUAAAUCAAUAAAGGGUAUUUGACAUCCUCAAUCAAUGCUGUUGGGUGUUACCCAUAAGUGUAUCUGUAGAUCAAUGAUGUCUAAAAUGCCGAUUUAAUUGAAAAGGCAGCAUCAAUUUUCUAGAUCUUGCCAGAGAACGAUCAAAAGUACAGUGAUGAAAUCUAAUUCAGUGUUGGUAAUAAACCAAAUUUGGUGGGUUACACUACUUUCUUGCUUAGACACAUGUUGACAGGCGAGUUCUUAAGAGUCAAUCCCUUUGAUAAUAAACUCUAAUUGUCCAAAGAAAUUAUCAACAAAUAUAGACAAAUUAAUACUCUGUCAUCUAAAAAGUUAGAUGCUGUAAAAUAAACUGAACCAAAAUCAACCACGCAAAAAAACUUACCAGGAAUCAAAUUGUAUAGAAAUCUGAUGAAUUAACAAAAUAACAAUCUUUAAAAUAAUAUCGCUAAUCAAUAAGAUGAUCGCAUAGCCACUCAAUACUAAUAAACCUAAAGUAAUUAGGAAGAAUUUGAUCAAGAUUCUUGUUUGGCAGAUCAUCAAUUACUAUUUGUUACUAAAUUAGGCAAUAAUCCCAUAUUCUAUAAGGAUUAAUUGCCAUUCACUAAUGAUACCACUUUCAAUAUUGCUACAAAGGAUGGGAAAAGUCCAAUUGAAGUUGACAACUAAGAAGAGGGUGGAUAUCAGGUUAAAUUAAUUACUAAAUUGGGAAUGUUUAAUCAAUAUGGUGAAGAGAAUGUGGAGUAAGCCUUAUAUAGAUAAUUGCAUGAAGAGUGGGUGACUUUGAUCCCUGAUUUGGAUUCUUUCAUGAAGAAGAACAAAUAUCAAUUGUCAGCUUAAGAAAAGUAAGUUCUUGAGUUUAUAGAGUAUGAAAAGAAGAGACAAGCCAAAAACAAGGUUGAUAUGCGACAUUACAAAUCUGACGAUGAAACUUUUAAACCUACUUUCAUUAACUUGAAUCCUCUUAAUACUAAGUACAUGGAUGUAUUGGCAUCUGAGGAAUUUUCAGGAUCGAAUUUUAAAUUUGAAGUUGUAGACCAAAGUGAAAUUGAAGAAUUGAGUGAAGUCUUAGAUUUGAUGUUUCCUAUCGUUGCUUUGGCUAAAAACUCUAUCCAAUUGUCCACUUUAAAAUUCAAAUUCAAAGAUCUUAAAUUUAAAGAUUCCAAAGAAUAAAAAGAUCUUGCAUCUCAAUUUCUUAGAUGCCAGGCCCAAACUGUUUAAAAUGUAAAUCAAGCAGUUAAGUCUCUCAUUAAAAUUAUGUUAUGGUUGACUGCCAGUUAGGAAACCUUGGCCUAAGAAAAUCUAAUCUCUGAACCUUUGGUAAGGAGACAAUGCAUUGCCAGGGAAAUCGGUUGCAUAGAUUAUGUGAAUAAAAUUAUCUAUGAAUUGAAUAUCAAUGGGUUAUUGUAUGAGGACAAAGAUUCUAAUAGACAAGAUGAGAUUUAGGAGGAAGUCUAAGAGGAGGAAAUAUUUUAAUAGGAUAUCAAUUAAUUAAUAGAUGCACUUUCCUCAUUUUUAUAAUUGGUAUGCAAGAAUUCCAGUGAUAAUUCUCUGUAUGUCGUUUAAUGGUAUUGUCUCUAUAAGCAUAUCCUGCUUAGAGGACAAGUCAACGAUUUAAUGAAACUAGACAUCUUGAUUACACAGUUAUUCCAAUAAUCUGAUGUUAUGGUUUCCUUUGAAUUUGAAGUCACUCAAUUAUCGAAAGAAACCAAAUUCACAAAUUACAACAAACAUGCAUUUAAUUUGUUGAUUGCCUUUUGUCUCUUCACCGAAUUUAGAAAAAAGGAAGGAAUCGAAGGAAUUAUAGAUCAUAUCUUUAAACAAAAUAAGGAUUCCAUAUUCUCUCAAUAUAUAUUUGAUGGCAACUUUCAAUCGGUGUUGAGAGAGAAACUCCAAGACUUCUCAAAAACGAUCAGAAAGUCUAUUGAUUCUAACAAUCCAAGUUAGAGUCCAUUAAUGAUAGAUGGAGUCAAUCUCCCAAACAAAUAACAACAACACGACUAUAUCAUAUCUUGUGUGAGAUUGGCUUCAGAAAUAUCUAAAUCAUCUCCAGCUUUGACUCUAAAGGAAAUUAAGACCUUGUUCCCCUUCUACACUGUUGCCUAAAUAAUCCAAGACAAUAGCAUUUCUUCAUUAACAAAAUCAUACUUCUUAGAGCUGUUCCAGAAUUCAUACAUGGCCAAACACUUAAAGCCUUUGCCAAUGGCCCAAUUCCCUUAAUAUUUGAAAAUGGUAGUGAAACAGUAAAAGGGGAAAGGAUUCUUGUCACUUUUUAAAAAAGAAGAGUAUGAGAUCAUUCUCUAUGCUUUUGCUCAGAAAAAGAUAUCUGAUGUCUACAAGAAGGUGGCACAGAAAUAUUUAGUCGAAAGUGAUAAGACUGUGGACUUUUGGCUGUAUUUAUCAGAUUUCAUUUCAAAUUUCUGGAAAACCAAGUCAAUUUAUGAAAUUAAAGGGAAUGAUCAUGUUUAUAUCAAAUAACUCAUUUUAACAUUUACAGAAUUUUUAAAAAAAGGAUUAUUUAUUGAAUAUCUUAGCAACGCUCACAACUUCUAUAAUAUGUACCAUAAAUUCAUUGAAUUCUUGAAGAACUCUGUUGUAUCAGCUACUUUGGAAGAGAAGUACAUCAAACAUUAGUUGUAAGGCAAUAAAAAAUCAAAAGAAUAGAAACCUUUAGAGGUGAAAGAUUACUUAUUUGAAAGUACCGUGACAUAGAGGGCAGUGUCUAGAACGACGACUUAUGCAAAGAGUAUGAUUUGGCUUGACGAACUAAUUGAGAUUCUGAUUCUGCUAGAAUAGUUUUAAUAAUCGAGGAUGGCAGAUUAAUUUAUUAUCACAGAAGACAAUUAAACUAUAUUUGAUGAUCUUCAAUACUUAUAGAAGUUCGCAAAGGACAAAAAGUAUGCAGAUGUAGUCUAAAGAUUGAGAUAAGCCAAGAGAGCUAGUUAUCAUACUAGAGGGUAGCCCUCUCAAAGCUAGCUUGGCCAGAAGGAUAUAUUUACAACACAAGAGUUGGCGACGAUGUUGAGAGAGUGUUCUUAUGCUCGUAAGACUGUAAUUUUAGAAUAUAUGGGAGGUAUAAAAUAAACAGAUAUUUCAUUGGUUUACUUUUUAAUUGAAUUGCUUACAUUAAAUCAAAUAAGAUUAUCAGCAAAAGUCACUGAGUUAUUGUGGCUGAUCUACUCAUCAAGAAGUAACUUUCUUUAAACGUUGAAUUAAACUAUUUUGAUCGAGGCAUUUGAUUAAGGUGAGUUGUAAUUAUUGGUAAAUUAAAAUAUAUUUACAGACUUUUCUAACAUUUAUUGGAAAUUACACUUUGCAAUUAUCGAUUUAAAGUCAUCUCUGGAAAAGGAUUCUAGUAAACACUACGAAACUAUUAAUGAUGCUUUAUCAGAUAUGUUAGUAAUCUUCUUUCCUGAUUAUGCAGCAAAAUCUGACAUGUAAAUGUUUAUGGAAAUUAACUAAUUGGAAAAUGAAGAGAAACAUUACUAGGCACAAGAAGAGAAGAUGGUUAAGAGCAAAGUAAAAUAGGAAGUGGCUAUCAUUGAGCAAUUUGUGUCAAAAGCAGAACUUGAUUUAAUUGAUGUUUCAGCAUAGAGUCCUAUGAGGGAUAAGCAAGAAGAAUAGUUAUAAUCUUUGAAGUCUGCCACUAUGGAUUAGUAAUAGAAGUAUGUUUGGAAAAUCAAUAAUUCAUUAUCAAUCGACGUGUUGACCAUAUUUUAUAGAUAAAAGUUACUGAGAUACUUGGGAUUUCAUGAUUUGAUGUAAAAAUUGGUUGAAAACUUAAUAUAAGAAACAAGUACUCUAUUUAGAGAGAAGGAUGUACUUGUAAGUAAUGCAAACAAGAAAGGAUGGGAAAUUAAAAGUGACAUCUUAGAAAAGAGCAUUUUGUUUUUGAUUUAUUUUGUAAUACGAAAUGAAGAAAACCAAGAAAUGAUACUCAAUUUAAGUAAGCGCAAAGAUUCAUUUCUUCAUGAAAUGUCUAAUGUUAAGAGAAAGUAGAUGCAAACUUUAAUAUAUAUAUUGUUUGCUGAACUGUUUCGAGACAAUUAUAAUAUCUUAUUCUCAUUAGAUAAGUACAAUGAUGAAAAUUCAAUUUUGGCCAAAUUAUUCUCUAUUUUUGGUAACAAUUUUGCAAAUAAAAAUUAUGAAGCAGCCAUCUAUUUCCUUCAAUUUUUACAAAUCCUUUUGAAAGUCAAAGAAAGCGAUGUUGUGUAAAAUAAUUAUGUUAUUGUUCAUCUGUUUUAAUCUACUAAAUAGUUAACCACAUUCCCUAAAGACAUUGGUACUCUCAUUCAAACUAUUUAUCUCUUUAGAUUGGAAUAAUUCUUCACAGGUAGUCAUGCACCUGCACCUCCAACACAGCACAAUUAACAAAAACAUCCCUAAAUCAAUGGAUUUAUAGAAAUGCCAAUAGAAAUUUUGUUCAUGACUGAACUACUAAGGUUGAUGAGAUUUAUUUGUUCCAAAAGAUCAGUUCUAAUCAAUGAAUUCGUUAAAAAGCUCUUUCCAGUGAAUAGAGUGGCUGAGAUGUUAAAGCAAUUGGAUGAGUGGUACCCAUUGAAAUCUGAGCUUAUACUCUAUUUUCAGAGUGUAUUUUUAGAGAAUCUACAAUUCAUUACAUUUGAAGAAAAACAAGAAGUUGUUAAAACUAUUACUGAAGUGAUUUUUAAAUAAAUGACUGUAAGUUUUGUGGAGAAUUAGAAUCUUAAGAAAAUGGCAAAUGCAAAAUUAGUAAAUAGCGUUGUGUUCAAUAUUUUUGGCAUAAGAAAUCAGUAUACAAAUUAAGAGUUCAUUAUGUCAAUACCCCAUGAGAAAGCAAGUUUCAUCUAUGUGAUUUUCGGAGUGUUGGAAGUUACAAAGAACUUUGUAAAGAAGGUUUGUCCAAAGUAUUUCUUUAAAGAUGAACAAGAGUACUUUGAGGAUUUUGUUUAGAAUGAACUUCUUUUUAUGGCAUAAACCAUUAGCGAAACCAUUCAGAGAGUUUAUGAGUUCGCUUCUGAUAUCCACAAUGGAGGUUCUGGAGGCAGAAUGAAAAAUUCCAAUAUUAAAAGGAAAAGUGGAUAAAAAACAACCAAACUAUAUAAUUUAACACAUAAACUGUUGUCUAGUAAUUAGGAUGAGUAGAAUCAAGAAUUAAGUAUUUUGGCUAAAGAGGACAAUGAAGUUGAUAAGGACAAUAUUAUUAGAAUAAUUGAAACGAUAUAAUCGGUUUAGACUUUAGACAUUGCCUUUUAGUUGCAAAGAAACGAUUUGCAGUAAGGAGAAUAAGGGAUUCUAGAUAAAUGGACUAAUUCCAUAAAAUCAUAGAGGACAAAACUAGUAGAUGAACACCUUGUAGCUUCGGAGAGAGAGAAUGAAAUUCAAUAAUUAGUAAAUCUAAUUGUUACGUUAAAAAGGGAUGACACCACAAAGUUUAAGAGAAUGGUAACUGCCCUUAUUUAGAUGUUAUCUGAAACAUCAAUAUCUCCAUCAGUCAAAUUGAAAUCUAUCAACAUUGUAAGAAAACUAUCAAAUUAUAAAGAAGAUCUUCACAUAACUAAAUCGAUUCUUAAAGAUUUGGGAGAAUUAGGAUUCACUGAUUUUCUUUGCGAUUUAAUCAAACUAGAGGGGGAUUCCGAAUAAAAGCUGGAAUACAUUAAAGCUUUUGUAGAUUAUAUAGAUGAUUCAUCAAGGGAAAUUUAGAACUCCUUCUUAUUAUAUUUGUAGAGAGAUCUUUAGAAUACGUUUAUCAAUAAUAUGUAGAACUUCAUCACAGAUAUGUUCUAAGAUGUCAGAAUGGCUGAGAUAUCAAAAAUAGAAAGGAAGAAUAGAAAUAUCAAUAGAAUACUCAAUAAUAAGAUAAAUGGAUGCAUUUUGAUUUUUGAAAUGUUUCGUUUAGGUUGUGAAGAUCAUUUUAGUGAUAUGUAAAACUUUUUGAGGAUUUAACCAAAUAGUAAACAGCCCAUUAAUUUUAUCAUGUUUACAGCUGAUCUUUUUGAGAAAUAUGUUGAAAUAAUGAAUGAACAUAAUGCUGCUUUAGGUUAAAAAAUUCUCGAUUUUUUAAUUGAAUGUGUAUAGGGUCCUUGUCUAGAGAAUCAAACUGAAUUAUGUUAAUCUACUAAGAUAUUGGAGGCAUUGGAAUAAAUUAUAGUUUAACAAAGAGUCGAGAAAGAGAUGUUUCAAAGAAGAGACAUUGUAUUCUCCUCUUUAAGAAGUAAAGUAUUCUUACUUCAAUUAUCUCUAAUGGAAGGUAAUAGUGAUUAAGAGAUUGCUAGAAAGAUAUCUCAUUACUUCAAUCCUGAGAUUUUCUUUGAGAGAGUAUACUUGGUGUACUGGAAAAUCAUUAAAAAGAUAAGAAAUACUUAGAUGCAAAUAAAUCUAGAAGUGAAAGUAUUGGAUAGAGUGAAAUCAGAAGCAGAAGAAGCCAUAAAUCAUCAUGGGGUUAUUUAGACAAAGGACACAAAAGAGACUUUGCCUAAUUAGAAUUUAUUCAUGGAAUUCUUCUCUGAGAAUUUUCAUAGUGCUCGUUCACAUUAGCACUUGAAAGUCUCGUCAUAAUCUUUUGUAAAUGCUAUUUAAGAGGAAGAGAUGGAAGAAAUGGUUGGCGAGACUUUUAUGAUGUAUCUAUUACUCAAGAAACUCAGCAAAUACAUUCCUAGGAUCAAAGAUAUUGAAAGUAAUCCAAAAUUGAGAAGAGCUCUUAAUUACUACAAAAAUGAGACUGCUUCAAUUGAAAUUGUGAAUAUGAAUGGCAAAUUAGAGAAAAUCUAUUUUUAGGUUCCAACUCUAAUGAAAUAUUUAACAGAGGAAACCAAACUAUAAUUUAUGGAAGAGGUAGAAAGAGAUUCUAUUAAUGAUAAGAUCAAUGGAUUACUAGAUAACAUGGAUUAUUUCUAUAUGGAAAUGGUGCAUUUUAUGAAAUUAAGAAAAAUUGGUAUUAGAUUUAACAACAAUUUCAUUGUUUAUCUCAGAAAUGUAUGUAUCAUUUUGGCUCUCCUUUUGAAUAUCUUAAUUACAAUAAAUGACACUGAAGAAAAACUGGCGAACUUAGCCAAAGCCAUAGCUAUAUUGGAUUGUAUUUUGUAUGGAUUGAUCAUGCUCAUUUGGAUAUUUAUUAGAAUGUAAUUGGAGUAUGAUCGAAUCUAUAAGUAGGUGUCUGAUUUGAUCUAAUUGAAUUACAAUAAGAAAUCCAAUCAAGGUUAGUCUUAAUAAGUUAAUCCAAAAACAGUCAUAUAUCCAUUCUAAAUUACACUAUUGCAAACAUUUCAUAUUGUUAAAAGAAUGUUAUUCAGUAGUUAUACUUUUUAUUGGUUUUUAUUGCUGGUAGUCAAUUUGCUGGGUCUGCUGUAUAAUAAACUCUUCUAUGGAUUUCUACUGUUGGAUAUCAUAGAUCAUUCUUAAGUGUUACGAAACGUUAUCAAAAGUAUUUCACUCAAUUAUAAGCAACUGCUGAUGACUGCCUUGUUGGGAGUAUUAAUAAUGUAUAUAAAUGUUGUAUGUAAUUAGGUAUUUGUAUUCAUUGGUAGCAUAUCAAAGCGUUGAUUUUAAAUAGUAAUUAAAAGAGAAUAAUAAUGGAGCAGAAGAUGAGACUUCUGAUCCUUUAGAUUAAACAGUUUGUUUUUCUGCCUUUUAAUGUCUGGUUUUCGUAAUUCAUCAAGGUUUGAGAGCAGGAGGUGGUAUAGGAGAUGUUCUUGAAGCACCUCCAACGCAUUCAAAUUAAGAUUACUAUUCAUAGCGAGUUCUCUAUGACGUGAGCUUCUUUAUUCUCAUUAAUAUUAUUUGGUUGAACAUUAUCUUUGGUAUCAUUAUCGACACCUUUGCUGAGUUGAGAGAUUAGAAGAAUCAAAAAGGUAAUCAUCAUGUAUUAUGUAAGACUUUGAUUCUCAGAACAGAUGUUAUAUUUGUGACUUAACAAGAACGGUAUUUGAAAAGGAAGGUAUAUCCUUCGAUAAUCAUGUUAACAAGUAUCACAACCCUUGGAAUUACUUGGCCUAUUUGAUAUACUUAAAGGUGAAGCAGAAGACUGAGCAUACAGGCACUGAAUCAUAUGUCUAUAGCAAAUUCUUGCAAAAUGAUAUUAGUUGGCUACCCAUCUAGAAAGCUCUGGAUUUGGAGUUGAUAGUAGAACAAUAGCCGAAAUAGGCAGUUGAUUUCAAUGCUGAAGACCAUAAUUAAAAAUCGCUUCAUUGA